AUGGAGGCUUCCCCAGCUUCCCAGCAGGAGGACCUGGGGAGCCUGCUGCAGGAGGCCGGGACCAGGGACCAGAGAAAGCCAUUCUUUGAAAGGUUUAGGAGACUCGAGGAGCAGUUUCGUCGGUUUCAGGAGGUGACACUGCUGCGUCUUCAGGGGAUUGCCGGGAACUACAACAUUUCCUAUAACAUCAACACCAGGUUCCAGUAUCUGGCGGAUCAGUACGACACUGUUGCGGCUGCUCUCAACGUGUCGCAUGCCGCCCUGCGGGAGGACCUGGGCUCUUUGAAAACCUGGAUGAAGAAGCUGCAGAGAAGAACCAAAAAGCUGGCUUCUAAACUCUCGUCGUUGGCUGAGUCCCUGAGUGAAAGCAGCAAGCAGAGCUCUGUGGAGAGGCUACAGCAGAGCACUCUCCUGUCCAACCUAACCCUGCAGACUGCAGGCCACAUGGCGGACCUCACCGCCCUGCGCGCCAGCAGGAACACCCUACAGAAAGAGCUGGAGAGCCUGCGGGAGACCAGUCGGAGCCAGGGAACCAAACUGGAGGCUCUGGAGCAGCAGCUGAAGAACAUGCUGCACAAGGAGGUCCUGGCAUCUGGGCACCAUGAGCUGGCUGUGGCCCAACGACUGAACCAGACACCUCAGGACAAGCUGCCGGAGGCAGGGGGAAGCCAGGGACAUAGCGUGAAGAAGCUGCAUGCCAAGCACAAACAAAGGAAGAAGCUAGGGGAGAAGAGGCAGCAGCUCCUGGCCCAGGCUGCAAAGAGGAGGCUGCAGAGUAGCCUGUUCCAUGGCAAUAAGACCCCCGGGCAGGAGAGACAGCCAGAGACACUCACUGUGUCAGAGCCACAAGCUGCCAGGCAGCAGCUCUGCAGGGUUGCCAAGAUCUCACAAGAGCAGCUGCAGUCACCGUCACCUGAGAAGCCAGGCACAAUGACUGUGGCUUUCUCUCUCCCCUCUCCAGUUUGCAAUGUGGAUUCCAUGCUGCUUUUCCCCAACGCUUCUACUGAAAACCUUGCCACCUUCGGCCAGGGGUUCCAGACUGGCCUGCACGAGCUGUCGGUCUGCAGCUGGGUGAGCACCCAUGCUCGCUCCCUGGGCACCAUCCUGUCCUAUGCCACGGAGGAGAAUGAUAACAAGCUCGUCCUGCACGGCCGGAACACCGCAGCCCUGGCCUCCAUCCACUUCGUCAUCGGUGACCCAGCUUUCCAGGAGCUGCCGGUGGGGCAGCUCCUGGAUGGCAGAUGGCACCACAUGUGUGUCAUCUGGUCCUCCAUCCAAGGCAAGUACUGGUUCUAUGUGGACAGGAGACUGGCAUCCACAGGCUCCAAGUUCCAGGAGGGCUAUGAGAUCCCCCCUGGCGGGUCGCUUGUUCUGGGUCAGGAGCAGGAUGUGGUUGGGGGUGGGUUUGACCCCUCAGAAGCCUUUGUGGGACGCCUGGCUGGCUUUGCCAUCUGGAACCGCACUCUGAUGCCUGGGGAGGUUUCCAGCAUAGCGAUCGGGAAGGGCCUGCCCCGUGGCACCAUCCUGAGGCUGGCUGAUGUCUCCUCCCUGAAUGGAUCAAUACAGAAGGUGAAUUGCACCUGCUUGGAACACUGUUUGUAA